UGCGAUGGGCAACCGCGGGAUGGAGGAGCUGAUCCCGCUGGUCAACCGCCUCCAGGACGCCCUGAGCGGCGCGGGCCAGAGCUGCGGCCUCCACCUGCCGCAGGUGGCCGUGGUGGGCGGCCAGAGCGCGGGCAAGAGCUCCGUCCUGGAGCACUUCGUGGGCAGAGACUUCCUUCCACGGGGCUCAGGAAUUGUGACUCGCAGACCUUUAAUCCUCCAGCUGCUGAGUGCUCACACAGAGUACGCUGAAUUUCUCCAUUGUAAGGGAAAGGAGUUCACAGACUUUGAUGAAGUCUGCAAAGAGAUCGAGGCAGAGACGCGCAGACUCACGGGAUCUAAUAAAGGCAUCUCUCCUGUUCCCAUCAACCUACGGAUUCAUUCUCCACAUGUUCUAAAUCUGACCCUGGUGGAUCUGCCUGGCAUCACCAAAGUGCCUGUGGGAGACCAGCCGGUGGACAUAGAGUACCAGAUACGAGACAUGAUCAUGCAGUUCAUCUGUAAGGAAAACUGUCUCAUCCUGGCAGUCACACCAGCUAACACUGACCUGGCCAACUCUGAUGCCCUCAAACUGGCCAAAGAUGUUGACCCACAGGGUCAGCGCACAAUUGGUGUAAUCACUAAGCUGGACCUGAUGGAUGAAGGAACAGAUGCCAGGCACAUACUAGAGAACAGGCUGCUUCCUCUACGCAGAGGUUACAUAGGGGUAGUGAAUCGCAGUCAGAAGGACAUUGAUGGGAAGAAGGAUAUCAAGGCAGCUCUGCUCGCAGAGGAGAAGUUCUUCCUGUCUCAUCCGGCCUACAAACACAUGGCUGAAAGAGUGGGCACCCCAUAUUUACAAAGAACACUCAACCAGCAACUGACAAACCACAUCCGGGACACUUUGCCUGCCUUCCGUAGUCAUCUGCAGAGCCAGCUCCUGGCUUUGAACAAAGAGGCUGUGGAGUACAGACAAUAUAGUCCUGAUGAUCCUGCACACCGGACCAAGACAUUGCUACAGUUAGUUCAGCGCUGGGCCGUCGACUUCGAGAAGGUUUUCGAUGGCUCAGGCGACAAAGUAGAAACCGUUAACCUGUCAGGGGGUGCUAGGAUCAAUCGAAUCUUCCACGAGCAAUUCCCCUACGAACUAGUCAAGAUUGAAUGCGAUGAGAGGAAGAUGCGGCGGGAGAUAAACUAUGCCAUCAGAAACAUCCACGGCGUUAGGACAGGUCUGUUCACUCCUGACAUGGCCUUUGAAGCCAUAGUGAAGAAACAAAUAUCAAGGCUAAAGGGGCCAUGUAUGAAAUUUAUUGACAUGGUCAGUAAGGAACUAAUCACCACUGUGUACCAGUGUAUCAACAAGCUCAGUUCCUUUCCCAAGCUGCGAGAUGAGACAGAAAGAAUUGUGACCAAUGAGAUUCGAGAACAGGAGAGUAAAUGCAGAGAUCAGGUCUCGUUGCUUAUUGACAUUCAGCUCGCCUACAUAAAUACAAAACAUGAAGACUUCAUUGGCUUCACUAACGCCCAACAGACGAACAACAACAAAUGCAAUAAGACAGUUGUUGCAGGGAUGGCAGGAAACCAGGGUGGGGCCCCUCCCUCAAGUCUAAUAGUCAUCCGCAAGGGCUGGCUGACCAUCAGCAACAUCGGCAUCAUGAAAGGUGGAGCCAAGGAGUACUGGUUUAUUCUGACUGCAGAGAGUCUGUCAUGGUUCAAGGAUGACGAGGAGAAGGAGAAGAAGUAUAUGCUUCCUCUGGACAACUUGAAGCUCAGAGAUGUGGAGAGGGGCUUCAUGUCCAGCAAAUUUGUCUUUGCUGUUUUCAACACAGAGCUGAGGAACGUGUAUAAGGACUACAAAUGGCUGGAGUUGGCCUGUAACUCUCUGGACGAGUUGGACAGCUGGAAGGCGUCCCUCCUCCGGGCCGGAGUCUACCCUGAGAAAGUCACCGUGGAUGGACAGGGAAAUGGAGCUCCUGAAAGCUUCAGAGACCCCCAGCUGGAGCGCCAGGUGGAAACCAUUCGUAACUUAGUCGACUCCUACAUGAGCAUCAUCUAUAGGACCGUUAGGGACCUGAUGCCAAAGACCAUUAUGCAUCUGAUGAUCAACAGCGUGAAGGAGUUCAUUAGCUCGGAGCUCCUGGCGCAGCUCUACGCUCUGGGAGAAUGCUCAGCGCUGAUGCAUGAGUCACCAGAGCAGCAGGGGCACCGGGAGGAAGUGCUCCGCAAACACGCUGCCCUGAAGGAGGCGCUCACUGUCAUUGGAGAGAUCUCCACCUCUACCUGCACCACUCCUCUGCCCCCACCUGUAGACUCCUCGUGGAUACAGCCCUCCAGUUGCUCUUCUCCACUCAGCCCAACACUCCUUAAAAACUCAGUAACUGGUGCCAAGCCAGCGAUCCGUGGCCACGCCCCACCUGUCCCUCGGAUGCCCAUUCCCACCGGACCCACUGCUGUCUCGAGAACUGAUGGCCUCCAGCAGCUCGCUAGCCAACCGACCCGUGCUCCUUGUGUGCCAAGGAGGCAACCUCCAGCUAUCCCAAAUGUCAAAUAACGGACCUCACUGCACAAGAACUCCACUACCCGUCUGCCCCAUCCUGACUGCAGCUCAGAGACGCCUGUGACCUGUGUGAUGUCUAAUCCAGCUGAAGCACGAUGCUUUGCUCCUCGCUGUUUCCUCCGGGGAGCUGCUGUCUGCAAAAUUCACUCUGUCCUGAGCCUGUUUUUUACAUAAUACCAUCAGCCAUAAAUGAUGGAAUGUGCUCCACUGUCGGCUGACUUCUCUCCAGUGCCUGACGUGUGUGUAAAUAAAAAUACAUUUUUUUAGCUAUUCUAUUAAAAGAGAAUACAUGUGCACUAUUUUUUAACUGUUUUCGAAUAAACAGGCAUUUUAUUUUUGA